AUGAUGAUGAUCGAUACAGCAACUCUUACAAUUCUUAGUGGAUUUACUAUUGUUUGUCUUAUUUUCUUUUAUUUAAUGAAAAAUAAAAGUUCAUCGAACAAUAUUGAAAAGAAUAAACAAACAAAUAUAAUAAUUACAUUAAAAAAUCCUGAUGAUAAAUAUAAAUUUAUAUUAGCUCAUAAAGAACAUAUCUCUCAUGAUACAUGUCUCUUUCGUUUUCAACUUCCAUCAUUAAAACAUGUUCUUGGUUUACCUAUAGGUCAACAUAUUUAUAUUACAGCACAUAUUAAUAAUGAACUUAUUAAACGACCAUAUACACCAAUAACAUCUGAUGAUAAUCAAGGUUAUUUUGAUCUUGUUAUUAAAAUUUAUCCUAAUGGUAAAAUGACUCAAUAUCUAGAUAAAUUUACUAUUGGUGAAACAAUUAAUGUUAGUGGUCCAUCAGGUAAUCUUAUUUAUAAAACUAAAGGUUUAUUUGAUAUACGUUCACGUAAACCUGAACCAUUUGUUACUCGACAUGUUCGUCAACUUGGUUUAAUAGCUGGUGGUUCAGGUAUAACACCAAUGUAUCAAAUAUUGAAUGAAAUACUAAAAGAACAAACAUCUAUUGUAUACGGUGAACAUGUUGAUAUAAAAAUUUGGCUUCUAUUUGCUAAUCAAACUAAGCGAGACAUUUUAUUACGUGAUGAAAUAGAACAGUUGGCUGAAUCUUACAGUGAUCGUUUUAAAUUAUGGUAUACUGUUGAUCGUGAAAGUGAAGAAUGGAAAUAUUCAAAAGGUUUUAUUAAUGAAACGAUGUUAAGUGAGCACAUGCCACCUCCAGGUGACGAUGUUUUAAUAUGUAUUUGUGGGCCACCGCCAAUGAUUAAAUUUGCAUGUAUACCAAAUCUAGAUAAACUAGGUUAUACUGAAAAUACAUAUCUCUUAUAUAUGUUACAAUUUGUUUACUGGAAAGAUCGAUAUCGAUUACAGUUGAAGGGCCCCUUACCGACGUGA